CUCCAAGCACCCCGGCUUAACCCGGCCCCCGAAGGCGGUGGAGUCCCGACCCUGUCUGACUCCUGACGCGUUAUGGGACAACUGAUCGCCAAAUUGAUGGGCAUAUUCGGGAAACAGGAGCGCAAGGUUAUCAUCGUGGGACUAGACAAUGCAGGAAAGACCACUAUUCUCUACCAGUUCCUGACGAAUGAGGUGGUCCAUACAUGUCCCACCAUUGGUAGCAACGUGGAAGAGAUUGUUCUGCAAAAGACCCACUUCCUCAUGUGGGACAUAGGGGGACAGGAGGCUCUGCGUUCCACCUGGAACACGUACUACUCCAACACUGAGUUCAUCAUCCUUGUGAUUGACAGCACAGACCGGGAUCGGCUGCUGACCACUCGGGAAGAGCUGUAUAAGAUGCUGGCCCAUGAGGCUCUUCGAGAUGCUUCCGUCCUGAUCUUUGCCAACAAGCAGGACAUGAAGGACUCUAUGACCACCGUGGAGAUCUCCCAAUUCCUCACUCUUAGUGCCAUCAAAGACCACCCAUGGCAUAUACAGGGCUGCUGUGCCCUCACCGGGGAAGGGUUAGUGACUGUCUCACCUGCAUCUCCAGGGCCUGGCCCAACCAAUGCAGCUGACCAUCAGAACCUUCUCCCGUCUCUCUCCUGUCAGAAUCUGGCUCAGUGUUGACUGCUGGGUCAAGAGAACAGGGCACCCACCCCCGGUUAAGAUGCUGUGGGGAAGCGGUGAGCAAGACAGGGUCCCUGCCCUCAAGGGACUUGUUCUAGUUGAGAGAGAGGUGACACACCCCACCUCAACACAAACAUUUUAGGUUCUGAUAAGUGCUGUGAAGAAAGUGAAACUGGACCACAGGGACUGGUUUGAUUUAGCUCUGGUGGUGGGGGACAGCCAGGACGAGGAGGUGACUUUUGAGCUGAGACCCGAACGAAGAGACAGCCAAGAGAAGACCAGGGGCACAAGCCUUCCAAGCAGAAAUUACUGACUCUUUCUGACCUCAAGUUUCCUUAUCUGUAAAGAGGAGGGUGAUUAGUCGGGAGGGUAUAGCUCAGCAUGCUGGAGGUCCUGGGUUCAAUCCCCAGUACCUCCAUUAUAAAUAAAUAAAUCUAAUUGCCUCUCCCUAAAAUAAAUAAAUUAAAUUAAUUGUACUGAAAUAAAAUUAGUGUAAUUUUAAAAAAGAGGAGAGUGAUUAGACCUGUUCCCUCCCAGAAUUUCUGCAGAGAAUGAAUGGUACCAUUUAUUUCACUUUCAUUGAGCAUAUCUUCCCUAUCAGUCCUCCAAGGUCCUCCAUAUCUGUGGGUUCCACAUCCUCAGUUUCAGCAAAAAUUCCAGAAAGUUCCAAAAAGCCAAAUUUGAAUUUGCCACGUGCCAGCAAUGAUUUAUAUAGCAUUUACAUCGUAUUAGGUAUUAUAAGUAAUCUAGAUUUAAAGUAUAUGGGAGGAUGUCCCUCAGUUAUAUGCAAAUACACGCCAUUUUAUAUAAGGGACUUGAGCAACUGAGAAUUUGGGUACCCACGGGGAUCCUGGAACCAAUCCCCCAUGGAGACAGAGAAAUGACUAUAUUUUGUGCCAGGCACUGUUCUAGGCACUUGAGAAACAGCAGUGAACAAAACAGACAAAAGUCUCUGCCCUCAUGGAGCUUGCUUUCCAGUGGGGUGGGUGAAACAGACAAUAAGCAAUAAAAAAUAAGAAAAAUAUAUAGUAAGUUAAAAAGUGGUAAGUGUAAAGGGGGAAAAUCAGUCAGAAAGGGAAGUUGGAUGUAUGUAGGGGGAAUAUUGCAAUUUUAGAUGGCAUCCAGGGAGGGGCUGCUGAGAAGGUAGCUGCUGAUUAAACACCUGCAGGUGUGAAGGAGCUAGGUCACGGGCACACAGAAAGGGCCUUGAAUCAGGCCUGGAGAAUUCCCUUUCCUCUUCCCUCUCAAAUGGAAUCGCAGCACGCUGAGGGCCUGGGUGCCCAGUUGAAGAAGAGAGGACUUUAGGCAGGUUGGCCCAAGGAACCAUACAUUUCUGGCAGUGUCCUGGAUCGGGAGGGACCCCCCCCCCACAAACCCACAGUCAGUUCAAUUCAAUCAGUGUUUCCAAAGUAACCCCCAUGUGCCAUACAGGCAUGACCAAGACCCCGCUCUUGCUCAGGAGUUGCUCACAGUCUAAUGGGAGCACUUGCUUGUGGAGCAUCUUCCCAGGCCUUUGAAGCCAGCCUGGCACUGACCCAGGGAUGGAGUUGGUAGGAAGGGGCACUGGAGCCUUGUCUAGAGACAUUGCUAAGGUAGGGCUCCUGGCCUCUUCCUCAAAGAAGCCCUCCCUGACUCCCAGACAUCCAGAAAUCUCUGAACAUCCCCUUCCUAACCUUUAUCACAGCAUGUAAUUAGAGAAUUAUUUGUUGAUCAUUUGUUUAAUAUCUAUUUGCUAGACUGUAAGCCCUGGAGGGCAUGUCUGUUUUUUCACCAGCACAGUACCUGAUGCAUAGUAGGUUCACAGUCGGUUUAUAUUUGUUAACUGAACCUAAAUUUGGAUGUAAAUUUGGUGGCUCCCUCAUCAGCUCUGGGCAGGGGCUGGAGGCUGGGAAGGCCAUUAUCCUCAUGGGAUAUGCUGAUCCUUUCCUGUUCCUCUC